AAGGGGCUUGUUAUGAAAAACAAAAACACUAUUUUCGUCUUUACUACUGUGGAGCACUUUGAGGGAACAAAGAUACCCCUUUAGGGGCCUCAUGCCGGGUACCGGACCACAGUAUAUCUCACGGCAGACACAGGUAAGUGAUCCUGGACACACAGCAAACCGAGGACAGUGGGGGUCCUGGGGGUGGGGGCAGGAGACAGAGGGACGCAGGCGCAAAGAGGGAAAAUACAAAAGUAAACUCAGGGCCUUGUGCAGAGCAGUAGUAAUCAGCAUGGGCCACGAACUGAGACGGGAAACAUCAGUGUUCCCGCCGGCCCCCAAUGCCACACAGAUCCACAGGGAGAGAGUCCUGAGUAUGACCAACCUGGGGCCAAUCUCCAGCUCGAGAGGCCACUGCAGGAAGGUUGGGCUCUGUUUUCUCAUCCGUGUAAUGAGAUUAGUCAUAAUGCCUGCCCUACUCACUUCUAGAGGAGCUGAGGAGAUGAGUCGAUGAGCAGGAACGUGUCUUCAGAAAGAAGCGAGCUCUCCACCUGUUGUGAUGUUCGCUCUCAAUGCCUUUCAAAUGUAGAGGAGAAAAAAAGUCACGAUCCCAGGGUCAUGGGAUGGAUCCCCUCGUCGGAUUCUGUGCUGGGCGUGGCACCUGCUUAAGAUUCUCUCUCUCCCUCUGCCUAUCUCCCUUCCGCUCGCUCUCUCUCUCUUUAAAAAAAAAAAAAGCUGGGGAGUUAAAGAAAGCCCAGACCCUCUGGUUGACCCCCACCCUUCUCCCCUCCACACCCAGCGGGUACGGGAGGGCCAGUGCCCCCUCCACGGAGCUGUCAGCAGGAGCAGGGCACAGGUGUGUGCAGGGAUGCCCUUGAGGUGACAGCACAUGACAUCACAGUGAUUGGAAAAUGGAGAUGCGUGCCAGGGGGCGAGGGUGCUAGGGGAGCAUUUGGGGGGGGCACCAAGCCCGACCAGAGCACAUGUCUAAUAGUACUGGCCCCUGAGGUAGGUAGGACAGGAGGCUUCUGGGUACUGCAAGGUAGCAGGGUCCUCCCGGAGGAGGCUCCCCCCACGCACACCCCCAGACUCCCCCUGACCUCAUUCUCAUUUCCCUUCCCUGAGCUUUGUUGUUUUUUUUUUUAAUUUUAUUUUUGGGGUUUUUUUUCCCCAUUUAUUUAUUUAUUUAUUUACUUACUUACUUUUAAAUUCGCAUCCAAGUUAGUUAGCAUACAGGGCACUAAUGAUUUCAGGAGUAGAAUCCGGUGAUUUCCCUGAGCUUUUGUUCUGGCUUCGGCCCCCCGUUCCCUUGGGGCCGAGUCAAUCAUGAAGGAAAUACAGUGAUUUCCAAUCUUGAAAAAUCUGAAACUCUCUGCCAACAUGUCCCAGUAAAGAGUUGGUCACGAAAAGCCUACCAGGCAGUUACAUAGUUAGCAGGAGUAUUUACCCCUUUUGGAGGUCACUGUCAUAAACAGUUGGCACAGUUUAAGUCCUUUCGGGGGGGAAAAAUAGUGUACGUGGGCUGGCAAUCAAAUAGCAUGUAAAUGUAUCAUAAUAACUAGAGACUAUUUAUAAUUUUUUUAAAAGUUGUUUUUUUAAGUACUCCACGAAGGAGUCUGAGUUUUAGGAGGGUGGCUCCGGCCAGAUGCAGCUGGAUAAGGAGAGGAGGCAGGGCGAUGUCGGGGAGCUCCCCCCUCCAGGGCCCAGGCUGCAGGGGGACAGCAGGGAGUGCCCUAAACUUGCCUUUGGGUGUGACCGGCUAAUCCAGGCUCUGCCCCACCCGGCCGGUGAUCUUGGACAAGCCCCUUCGUCUCCAUGCUCCUUCCGACUAGAAAAUGAGGGUACCUCCCUUCAGCACGGGGUGACUGUGGGGGGCCCCAGGUGCUAGGUAGGCAGGACUGUCACGGGGGCCAUGGGGACCCCGGAGCUACCACCGCCUUCCUUGGCCCCUCCCCGGCCAGGGCCUCCUGGAUGGGCUUGUCCAGGCAGCGGUGCCUGAUUGUUCUCUUCAGACCCCUCCCUGGGAUGCCAAAUCCGUAGGGCCAGUGGAUUCUGCCCCCAAACCUGUCUGACCAGUUGUUUGGGAAGAGGGGGCACCUGGGAGGAGCUUCAGGAGGUACCGGAGGCAAGCUCUCCAGUCCCCCGGCAGACAGCACGGCGGAAGCUCUGGGACGCUGCAGACAGACGGACGGUCAGACACUUGGCCUGGCCAUGGGGCUCGGUGGGGGACAGUAUCGGCUGCCGGUGCCACUGUGGCUGCUGUUGACCUGCCUCCAGCAGGGGACAGGCCUGGAGCGCAUCAGCUACGUGCCCCAGCUCUCCAGCCCCACCCUGGCAGGGACACUCACCCAGUCUACCUUCACGCUGGAGCAGCCAAGGGGCCAGUUCAGUCGCCUCAACAUCUCCGACUUGGACACCAUCUGGCUGGUGGUGGCCCACAGCAACGCCACCCAGAACUUCGCUGCCCCACAGAGGGUGGAGGACAUCCCAGUCCCGGCUGACUUCAGCCAGAGGGGCUACUAUCUCACGCUGAUGGCCAACCGGUUGCUCUACCCGGGCAACCAGCCUGGCAACCAGCUCCGGGUCCUACGCGUUGGCAAUGAUACCCGCUGCUCCCCUAAGAGGAGAGGCUGUAACCACCCCCUGCCGGGCCCCGGCCCCUAUCGAGUGAAGUUCCUGGUGAUGAGUGACAGGGGACCUGUGGCUGAGACAGAAUGGUCCAGCGAGACCCGCCUGCAGCAAGCCAAGGCACUACAGGCUGUCCCAGGACCCCAAAGCGCGGGCACCGUGGUCAUCAUUGCCAUUUUGUCGGUCUUGCUGGCUGUCCUUUUCACUGCCCUCCUUGCUCUGCUUAUCUACACCUGUCAUGACACCUGCAGGAGCGCUCCCAUUUCGGGCCCAGAGCAGUCAACUUGCGUGAGAAGAUACAACACCCACCACGUGACUGACCCCCCAGCCGUGGGGGCCUCAUGAGGGGUCCGCACCUGCCCCUCGGCCUCCUCCCUGGUCCAGGCUGCAGAUCCCGGGCUGGGAGCAUGCCCGGAAGCUUCUGGAGCCCUGGAAGAGAGUGUUUCCAAGUGAGGGUGAGGGGAGAGUGUCCUUAGCCCAAAAUUAGGCCUGUCUCUGUCAGAAAUAAAUGUCCCCAGCAGCCCUGCA